AGCGGCGAGAAGUCACGUGGCGAAUUAUGUCCAGAUUCCGGUGUUGUUACAUCACCAACAGCUCCCACGAAACCUCCAAAGCGAUACAGAAAGCAAUCCGUUCUCUCGGAAAAGCCAGAAACCCUGCUCUUCUUCUUCAAGCAGCUGUCUGACACGUUCUUGUUGACUCUCUUUUCCCAACAAAGCCGCAUCCUGUGGGAAUGCUUUGGGGUCGGGGGCCCACUCACGAGUUCAAAGAUCUAAAGGCUGUUUUCGCGGUUGUCCAACAGCGCAAAGAACUCGAAGCAUUCUUCCAUCCAGCAGCCUUUGUCAGCGAUGAUAAGGAGCUUGAAACAAUCUUCCGAGAUGCCAUCUCCCUCCAGGUCAGUCUCGCCCUCCAAACAGCCUGGUGGUACUGCGCCUAUCCUGCCCAUCGUCAUGACCGCCCACCACACCACGCGAUAACCUUUCACGACAUCACCAUGGCAGGACGCCAUCGUACCACCAAAUCCCACGUAAACCGCGUCACGUUGACCAUCUCCCCCGCUCUGAUAAAGCGAGGUGACUCCCGGGGCGAUGACUUUAGCACGGAAAAAAGUGAUUUGCCAGAGUGA